AUGUCUCUUCCGGGAGUUUUCCUUUUUUCUCACUACGUAGAGAGCUUUUGGGUCGCGCCGCCUCCUCUGGUGGAUUGGACAUGUAUCCCCACGUUGGUACUGGUGGUGUUGCUGGUUCUAGUAGUGGCCUCAGCGCUAGCGGCUCGAGCGAUGGCAGAUGUCAGACCUGUCGAACGCUUACCCGGCCCCCUACCAUUACCAUUUGUGGGCACAAGGUGGCUCUUCUGGAGCAGAUACAAGAUGAACAAGCUACAUGAAGCUUAUGAAGACAUGUUCAGGCGUUACGGGUUGGUUUUCGCGGAGAUCCACCCGGGGGGUGCCACUAUGGUGUCAAUCGCGGAGAGGGAGGCACUGGAGGCGGUGCUCAGGGCACCAUCGAGGCGUCCCUACAGGCCGCCUACGGAAAUCGUACAGGUGUACCGCAGAAGCAGACCUGAUAGAUAUGCCUCUACUGGACUUGUCAAUGAACAAGGCGAAAAAUGGUAUCAUCUUCGGCGUCACUUGACAGCAGAACUGACAAGUCCUAGCACAAUGCAGGGCUUUCUUCCUGAACUCAACACAAUUUGUGACGACUUCCUCGAGUUAGUGAACACAACUCGUCGUGCUGACGGAAUUGUGCCUGGCUUCGAUCAGCUCACUAACAGAAUGGGAUUAGAAUCGGUAUGUGCCCUAAUGCUGGGUUCGAGACUUGGUUUCCUAGAGCGUUGGAUGUCGGGCCGGGCGGCAACCCUAGCAUCCGCCGUGAAGGCUCACUUCAGAGCCCAACGAGACUCCUUCUAUGGUGCUCCACUAUGGAAGUUUGCUCCCACUACACUAUACAGAACGUUCGCUAAGAGCGAGGAUACCAUUCAUACGAUAGUAUCGGAUCUGAUGGAGGAAGCAAAGUUAAAGACGCAAAAAAAUGCUAGCGACGAAGCGAUGCGAGAGAUCUUUAUGAGGAUUCUGGAAAACCCCGCCCUUGACAUGAGGGAUAAGAAAGCUGCAGUUAUUGAUUUUAUCACAGCUGGCAUUGAGACGCUAGCGAACAGCCUCGUGUUCCUUUUAUACCUACUGAGCGUUCGACCGGAUUGGCAACGAACCAUUCGCUCCGAACUACCUUCAUGCAGUACAUUGACUGUUGAGGAUCUUGCAGCCGCUCCAUCAGUGCGCGCUGCAAUCUCCGAAGCUUUUCGACUGUUGCCAACCGCACCUUUCUUGGCCAGGCUACUAGAAACUCCUAUGGUAAUUGCGGGACAUAAGCUGCCUGCUGGGACUUUUGUGUUAGCGCACACGGGUGCUGCGUGUCGUCGCGACGAAAAUUUCUGGCGCGCUCGUGAGUACCUCCCAGAGCGUUGGUUGGAGCCCAGAGCACCUCACGCUGCUGCUCUAGUCGCCCCCUUCGGGCGGGGGCGACGUAUGUGUCCUGGGAAGCGAUUUGUGGACCUCGAACUACAUCUACUCCUGGCUAAGAUAAUGCAAAGAUGGCGUGUGGAGUUUGAUGGUGAGUUGGACAUUCAGUUCGACUUCUUGCUGUCGCCCAAGUCCCCAGUGUCGCUGCGGUUAGUUGAGUGGUAG